UCUUAAUUGACAAGUCCUUUUUUUGUUUCGUCGAAAGGUUAAUACACAAAACAUUUUUUCAAUUUUACAGACUGACCAAACGUGACCUCUUUCUCUCUUCCUAAUCUUUCUCAUUUUCGUCUAAGAUUUUUCUUUGUUUCUUCAAACGACGACGUUUAACUCCAUGAUCAACUCGAUUAGGUAGUCUAGGGUUUUGAUACGAGCUCAAAUUCUCUAUGGAUGGUGGUGUGAAUUCUAGCUCAGAGCAAGCACAUAAUCAAAGGCUAGAUGAAGGUACAGCAACAUCUAUGGAGUUACAGAGGUUGGAAGAGUGUAGUUCUGUACAUUAUAGGGAAGGUUCUCAGUUGGUCGGAGUUUCGUCUUCGGUCGCCGGAGAUGGAGGUGUUUCGGCUACGGUAGCUGUAGAUGUUAGGUAUUCAGCUGCAAACGUGAUCGAUAACCGGAAGCGAGGGAGGUCACCUCGUAACCUGAUGGUGAAACCUCCGGUGCCAAAGAAACCGCGAGUAGAGGAUGAAGAUGUUUGCUUCAUAUGUUUUGAUGGUGGUUCUCUUGUUCUUUGCGAUCGCAAGGGGUGUCCAAAGGCAUAUCAUCCAGCUUGUAUUAAGCGGGAUGAGGCAUUUUUUCGCUCCAAGGCUAAAUGGAACUGUGGUUGGCAUAUUUGUAGUGUGUGUCAAAAAGCUUCCCACUACCUGUGCUAUACUUGUACCUAUUCAUUGUGCAAGGCAUGCACAAGAAAUUCUGAUUACUUGUGUGUUAGAGGAAACAAAGGCUUUUGCUCGACGUGCAUGAAAACUAUCAUGCUGAUUGAGAACAAAGACCAAGCAGAUAAGGAAAUGGUUCAGGUAGAUUUUGAUGACAAAACUAGCUGGGAGUAUCUUUUCAAGGUUUAUUGGGUAAUCCUAAAGGAAAAUCUAUCAUUAACACUUGAUGAACUUCUUCAAGCUAAAAAUCCAUGGAAAGAAUUAAAUGCAGUACACGGUAAGCGGCCGCUACUGCCUUACGGUCAUUAUGUUGCAAAUAAUGGCAAAGGUAUAUCGGGCAAGGCUUUUGACCAUUUAGAGCUGAAGAAACCCUCAGCGCUGUUAGAGCUAUCUAAUAAGGAUCCUCCAACCACUGAAAGCCGAACAACUGCAGAGUCUGAUAACCCGAGCAUUUUCAGUUCUUCUCCUCAGUCAGAACUAACAAAGCCUGCUGUAGAGCUAGAGCUCCAGAAUGGACAUUGUUUGAGGACAAAACAGGGAAGCACUGCUAUGCAGACAUCAGUGAAUGGAUGCAGGGAGUGGGCGUCAAAGGAGCUUUUGGAUUUUGUUGCACAUAUGAAGGAUGGUGAAACUUCUGCUAUAUCUCAGUUUGAUGUCCAGACACUUUUGCUCGACUAUAUUAAGAAAAAUAAUCUUCGAGAUCCUCGGCGGAAGAGUCAAAUAAUUUGUGAUUCAAGACUCAAAAGCCUUUUUGGUAAGACAUGUGUUGGCCACAUAGAAAUGCUGAAGCUUCUCGAGUUUCACUUUCUAAUAAAGGAGGACUCAGAUAAGAGUGCUUUUAUACCAGCUGGGAUUGUUGGAAUUGUGUCUAGCCAUGUAGAACUUGAUGAUAGCAAUGAAACAUCUUCAUCGAAAAAACGUAAGAGUCGUAAAAAUGGUGAAGUCAAAAUGACCCAGAUUAAUCUUGACGAAUUUGCUGCAAUUGAUGCUCACAAUAUAAAUUUCUUAUAUUUGCGGCGUGAUUUGAUGGAAAAUCUCACUGAAGACGUGGAGAAGUUCCAUGACAGAGUUACUGGAUCAGUUGUCCGCAUAAGAAUACCUGGUAAUGAUCAGAAACAGGAAAUUUACAGGCUUGUCCAUGUUGUAGGUACAUGCAAGACAUCUGAAUCAUAUAAGAUCAGAGAUAAGACGGUUGACGUACAACUUGAAGUAUUGAACUUAGACAAGAAAGAAACCAUAUCUAUUGAUUCUAUUUCAAAUCAAGAAUUCUGUGAGGAUGAAUGCCGAAGAUUACGUCAGAGUAUAAAAUGCGGGCUUGUGAAAAGGCUUACUGUAGGUGAGAUACAGAAGAAAGCUAUGGAACUCCGGGCAGUAAAACUCAAUGAUUCUCUGGAAGCGGAGAUAUUUCGCCUAAAUAAUCUUCGUGAUAGAGCAAGUGAGAAAGGGCACAAGAAAGAGCUCAGAGAAUGUGUAGAGAAGUUAGAGCUUCUCAAGACACCUGAGGAGCGCCAUCGGAGGCUACUGGAGAUUCCAGAAGUGCAUGCUGAUCCAAAGAUGAACCCAGAUUAUGAAUCUGGAGGAGAUGAUGGAGAACACAAAAACAAGAUAAAAGUUGAACAUCCAGCACCAAGAUGCACUAGAUUUAGUAGAAGGAAACUUAUAUCUUCAGGGAGUCUAGUUAAAGAAGAGGGCUCUAUCAUGGCUCAAUGUAGGAUGAGUGGAAAAAGAGAUGCUUGUGGAACUAAUAUCUCGGACAAGCAAGGAAAUCAACUUACUGUUGAGCAGGCUGUGGAUAGAUCUGGAUCUGAAACUUCAAUUGCUAGUCUCCUUAUGGCAAACACGUCAUCCGUUAUCAGUAUUGAAACUGACAAAUUGUGGCAUUAUCGGGACCCUGCUAAACGAAUACAAGGACCAUUUUCCGUGAUGCAGUUGAGGAAAUGGAAUACAUCAGGACUUUUUCCUCCUGAUAUGAUGAUAUGGACAAAUCAUGAGCAUGAAGACUCAGUACUUUUAACUAAUGCACUAAAGGGGUUUUUCCAUAAAGAAUCUCAAGUGCAUGAUAAGACAUCAAGCCAGUCACAGGAACCAACUAGCUUGGAUAAUAGAACUAGUGUUAGGUGGUCUGAGAGUGCUGGCUCAGGGGGAGAAUGUGAAAAGAGAGAGGCACCUGGGCACCACCACAAUGCAAAUUACUGUUCAAACGGUAACACAAAGUUUACGAGGAUGAAAGGAUUGUCCCCUUCUUUUCCACGAUGUGUGGAGUCGUUGAAGGGAAAUAAUUCUUGUUCUGACAAACCCCAACUGUUGAACUCCACUUCAUCUAGUCAGCGGGAGGUGAUUUUAGCUCUUCCACGUCAGGGAAAAGGACAUGGAACUGAUAAGUCUCGUUCUGUUGCAGAUUAUGGAACUCAGAAUUCUCGUAAAAGCACAUUGUGCCAUGCACAAUCUAACCGUCGGAAUUUAGAUCCAUCUUCUGGUCAGAACCAGAAAUCUUUUACAAGCAAUAAAUGUUCAAUUAACCUGGAUUCUGGAUCUACUUUUGCUUCUGCUAUCAAAUCAAGUGAUUUAUUAUUUGAACAGAAAGGAGAAAUGAAUCUUCCAGACCUAGCUAGUCCUACUCCAGAGACGAGCUAUGGUGACCUUGAAGCUCAGGCUGCUGAGAAGCUGCUUUUGUUGAGUUCAGUUAUUCCUGUUUGUGGUUCAGAUGUGCAUGAUUUGCCAAGUCCUACCCCUAUUUCAAACAGCGAAGCUCAAGGUGCACAUGCAGCUGAAAAUAAAGAAUCUGGUCCAUCAGAUCUUCCUGACAGUGAAGCUCGAGGUGGGCAUGCAGGUGAAAAUAAAGAAUCUGGUCUGUCCAGUCUUCCUAUUCAGGAAUCAGGCCAAAGGUGGAGUAGUGCUUCUAGUCCAGUGGUUGGUGGGCCCCAGCUUCAUGAAAUAGCUGAUGAAUGGGGUAGAAGUUCGCCAGCUGCAAAACCAUCUACUGAAGAAUGGGAUUCUACUCUUGUUUCUGUUUCCUCACUGAAACCGGUUGACACUGUGAGUGAUCGUGUUGCCACACCACCUUCAAUUGCCAACCUGCUUACUGCAAAACCAUCUACUGGAGAAUGGGAUUCUGGUCUUGUCUCCGUUUCCUCACUGAAACCAGCUGAAGCAGUGGGUGAUCAUGUUGUGACACCUGCUUCAAAUGCCGACCAACUUAAUCAUACUUCCUCAUCUCAUCCAAUGUCAAACUUCUUCGAUGAACCUAUUGAGUUCAGCACUUUGGCUGAGGAAUCAGUGUCAGACCUUUUGGCUGAAGUUGAUGCCAUGGAGUCUCAAAAUCAAAAUGGUAUGGGUUCUCCUACUUCUGGUAUGAGGUGCGGUGAGGAGAUGAUAUCUGGUUGCAAAACUGAUUGCUUUAGCCCGAUUGAGGAGCUGAGUCAUACACAUGAUCCUGUAAGAAGUGAUGACUUGAGCUCCACCGGAGAUCUACUACUACCUUGCCAAUCUAGUGUGACGGAUGAAACAGUUGGUGCAUCUCGAGCUGAUGCUUUUGAUCCAUUAAGGAGGUCUGGCGGAAAUUCAUCUACGAGUAGUGAGGGAGAAACCAAGUCGGUUGAUGUUUUGUUUUCUCAGGGGGACGUUAGGUGCGGUAUCCCUGCACCUUGUACCACCGGUAUACCUGCAUCUUGUACCACGAGUCAACCUAGUGCAUUUUCUGCAAUUGGUAGGAGUACAGUAUUUGAAGGUAUGAUGAAUGGGCGUGGAGCAGCACCUGGAAAGCCGAGUCAGGGAUAUGCAAAUGUUGGUUAUGGAAGCAACAUGGGAGGUGCAUGGGGAAAUUCACAUAUGAAUCGAGGGGCGCCUUUCAGUGGUAACAAUCCAGUGUGGGAUAGCCAGCGUAGGUAUGCAGGGGAAAGGUCUGGUGGUCCAAGAGACUGGGCUCUUCAAGGAGGAGAGUCUGGAUUUGGUAGGGGUAGACCAUCUUGGAACAGACAGCAGCCAUAUGGUGGUGGAGGAUACUCUAGGCCUCCUCCCAAAGGUCAGCGAAUUUGUAAAUUUUAUGAGAGUGGGCGUUGCAAGAAGGGGGCGGCCUGUGACUAUCUACACCCCUAAAUUGAAGGCAAUUGCUUUCUUUUUGUAUAAUCAGAAAAUUCUUUUUUGAGUAACAAAUUGACAUGUACCUAAAAUGUUACCCCCUAUAACUUAACUCAAAAAAUAUGGCAGAUUGCAAUUUUUUCCUCCGGAACCCCAGUGUGUUAUGAGGAUUUUGCCACAUGUAUAAGCUGCAGUAGUGAACUUGUAACAAUUUUCUGCUUAUUUAAUGAUUAAGCGUUACGGAUUUAAUUUGA